GACAAAAACUAAAGCAAGUCGCAUUCUAUAUAAACAGCAGAGCAGAGGGGCAAAAGGCACUGAAAAUUCCAUUCUAUUCUAUGGAAAUGGAGCACUCUCCUUCAGAUGUAUGUUCCCAAAUGCCUUGCCAACUGGACUGGUGUCAACUGGAGUCCAACGCCUGGGCAUUUUCGAGCAGAAAAUACAAAGAUGAAUUGGGGUACCAGCGAACCAUCAUGUCUGCUGCUUCUGUUGUUUCCAUGUUUCCAACUGUGAAAUGGAGGAUCCAAUCUGUUAUGGAGAAAAUGUCGACUUCAAAUAUUUCUCUGGUUCAAUUCUGGGCACCCAUCAAGAUCAAUGGAUCUACUUUCCUGUCCACUGCGGAUCAACCAUUUGCUUUCUAUGAGGGAAUUGAUAAGAGGCUCUCUUUAUACAGGAAGCUCUGUCUAGAUUCUUUGACCAUUGACAAGGAAAUUCCAUUUGGUCCCCCUGAACGAGUUUUCUCAAGAUGCUUGCCAGAAUAUAACCCCGACGUCUCAAGCUACACCUCUGCAGAGUUUCCACUGCGUGAAACUGCAAUUCUCUUGGGAAUUCAUUCUUAUUAUGCAUUUCCAGUUUCCAACUUCCAUGAUCACCAGUGCGUUGGUGUAUUUGAGAUUGUAUCUACACAACCAUCUCUCGGUCUUCCCAGCCUUAUUCAGGAAUGGCAUUUCGAUUCAGUUGGGUUGUACGUUACUAACCCAUUAGACAUACUUUUUGGAUUUUCAAAUCAGCGGUAUCAUGAAAGACUUACCUAUAUAAAGGGCGGGUUAUAUGUGAUACUUGAUAGACAUAGGUUACCCUUUGCUCAAAUUUGGACUUCUCCUCCUCAAUGUGGCUCUUUGAAAGACUUGUAUCGUGCUGCUGCCUCCAUAUAUAAAUCUCCGAAACCAAUGUAUCAUGAGUUUGAAUAUUCUUCUGAGGUCUGUUAUAUUGAGAGUGGCAAGGCAUUGGUUGGGAGGGCAUUUGCAUCACAAGGUUCAUGCUUUUGCAAAGAUGUUACUCUAUUAAGCAUCGAAGAGUACCCUUUGGUGCCUCGUGCACGAAAAGCUAGAUUCACUCAGAGUUUUGCUAUUUGUUUGCAAAGUAAAUGCGCCAACAAAUUUAUUUGCGUAGUUGAGUACUUUCUGCCACCCAACAAAAUGGUUGUUAGAGAUACAAAGACUUUCUUAAACAUGCUUUUAUCCACAAUGAAAGAACAAUAUCCAGGUUUCAUAGUUGCUCCUGGAAAUGAACUAGGGCAGAGGAUGCUCGUUAAAGUUCUUAAAGUUUCCCCGAGUGAUGAACUUGAUUCCUUUGAAAUUGGCCAAACUCUGCCGAGUGUACAAUCACUUCAGGAUGGAGGAGAAACAACAGAAAUUGAUUCUUUCUGUCAACAGUCAAAUUUACAAAAGGAGAAUAAUGUUGCUGCUGCACUACUGGUUCCAUCUUGUUCAUCAGACAAGCGUGACUCACUCAACUGUGAAGGGACAGUGGAAGUUGAUCCGCCGCUGCCUCAUCAAAUAGAGGAAGCUGUGACAAACAGAGGAACCGUUAAUGUGGAUGUAGCACAUGAUGACCACAUUGAGGAUACAACUGAAAUAAUGCAACUUGAUUCACACUUUGAGCAACCAAAUUUAGAAACUAAUUCUGCAGGAAAUGCAACAACUAACAACGAGAUAAUUCAUUCGCAUAAGAAAAACGCAAUACAAAGGAUAGAAAAAGAUCAUGGGAUUACUCGCAAGAUUCUGGAGCAGCAUUAUGGCAUGACUCUUGAAGAUGCUGCAAAAGAUCUACAUGUUAGUCGAGCAACAUUGAAACGAAUAUGUAGAGAAUAUGAAAUCACUAGAUGGCCAAAUCAUAAGACUAGAAAGGUUAAUGUCCAUGUUAGCCAAGGCGUAUCUUUUGAAGGUGCUGAACCAUAUGUGGGCGAUCAACAAUGUCCUGCUCUUUCCCAAGAAAAAGGCAGCGAAUAUUUGGGUAACAAAAGAUCUCCUGCAACAGGAGUAUCUCGUGAUGGUGUGAUGACUUUAAAGGUUACAUAUAGAGGUGAUAUGAUAAAAUUUCAACUCUCCCUUUUAUCAAUGAGGGUAGAAUUGGAGGGGGAAGUGGAAAAGAGGUUUAAGAUAUCACUUAAAAGGUUUUCAAUAAAGUAUCAAGAUGAAGAUAACGAUUGGAUUUUGAUAACUUCUGAUUCAGAUUUGAGGGAUGGGAUGAAUUCACUUAGAUUAUCGGGAAGGAAUACAAUGAGAUUAGUGGUUACCCCAGAAACUGACACAUGACGGAUUUUCCAUAUGUUUUGUUAUGGUUCAUCUUCAUUACAGUUUUCUUUCUUGCUUUCUCCAUUUCCUUUGCUUUUUACUUUUUAAGUUAAUUUAUUAUUUUGUCUUUGUUAUCUUUUUCUC